UUUUCUAUAUAAAGUUUUGUCAGUCUCCACUGAGACGCUGUAUAGUUCGGAGCUCUGUAACAAGUCAAGACUAAUCGUAUCUCGUACUUUCGAUCGUGUUACUCGAUAAGAAAAAAAACGUGACAUUAACGUAAUUAUACGCGUUCUUAACUAGUUUUUCCUGAUCCACGAAUUUCGUUUGCUUAUGUGAACUGUCUGUUGAUACAUCGUAAAUCAAAAGUUCAUUGGAAAAAGAACGAACGGACAAAAAUAAGAAAGAAGAAGUAAGAAUAUAAUAAAAAAAAAGUGAGGAUACAGCCUGUGCAUGUACGCCGAAAAAAUGAUGCACGCAAUGAGCGAGCACGCGGGUGGCGCGGCCGGUCUCGGCGUUGGUGUUCUGCCUUUUGAUGCAAUGGCACUAUAUGAGCAACCACGACCUCGUUAUGCGUUAAAAAUGCCACGCGUUGUGCCUGAUCAGAAGGCCAAGUUCGAAAGCGACGAGCUCUUCAGAAGACUCAGCCGUGAGAGCGAGGUAAGGUACACCGGGUAUCGUGAUAGGCCGAUGGAAGAACGUCAAGUGCGCUUUCAAAAUAGUUGCCGUGAAGGUCAAGUAGAGAUAGCAUUCGCAGCAACCGGUACGAAUCUUCAACUGGUCUUUGGUAACGCUUGUGGGACUUAUCCUCCUGAUCGAAGAGAGGAUUGUGAUUUUGACAAAGAACACGGCAAGGUACACCUAAGAUCACACUUGAUAAUGAAUGGCGUAUGUGUACGAUGGCGAGGAUGGAUCGACCUUGAUAGAUUAGACGGUGUUGGUUGUUUGGAAUACGACGAGGAAUUAGCUGCUGAGGAGGACGCUCAUCUUCGCAAUCAGCUGGAAGUUUACAGUCGGCGUGGUCGAGAUAUGCACGAGAAGGCUUAUAGGAGUGGAGCUACUCAACCACCUCAUCUUAAUCAUCAUCACCUUCAUCAUCAUCAGGGACAUCAUGUGACUGGCACAGGAGGUACAGGUACCACUAGUGCCGGGAUGGAACCUCAUAUGACGCAUCGACAAGAUCCAGAAAUGGAGGUCAGACUGAGAGCGUACUGAGACUCAACGUCUCAGAAAUGAAUGUGUCAAGGAUACAGUGAUAAACUGGAUGAGUGAUAUCAUUAGUUGGCUAUAUUCAUAAUAGUACGAGUCUUUAAUUAUCUAAGGGAUUCAUAAUUAAUCAAUGAUGAUUUAUAAUCAAUCAAUGAUGAUCGUCAAAGGUCCUUUCAUCCAUAAUAAAUGUAAAAAUGAGAUCUUUUAGGUGAUAAAAUUAAAUUAGAUGUAUUUUGUAUAUAUUAUAUAUACACUAUAUAUCUAUGUAUGUCUAAGAGAAAUAUUAACGAAAUUGUCAGCGAAUUGUUUGUUCGUUCGGACUUUUGAUUUUACAUUAGGAUUUUAUAUAGAUUUUCAAUAAUAUUUUAUAAAUAAUCCACCAUACGUUUGUGGUAUAUUUCUUUUUGCUUAUACAGCUUUUUGAAAUGUUGUGAUGAUACGUUUUUAUGUUCAGAUUUUAUGCGUUGAAAUCUACAAAUGCCAUCAGGAUAUGCAUGCGACUGGAACGACAAUUAUUUUGUAUCCAAUACUUUAAUCGUGCGUAUGUAGUUUAAUAUGAUUUAUAAACACAUAACGACCCUUCUAAAUCUAUGAUGAGUGUAUUCUUGAUACCGACGAUGAACGUGGCCUAUGCAAAAAUACAAAGUAGUAGGCUUCUCGGAAAAGAAGAAGGAAAAGGAAAGUCGCGAUUGCAUUGCGUCAGAGACUACGUUCGACUAUGAAAUACAUGAAUCACGAUUAUAUCCACUCGUAUAUUCCCAACUUCCCGAUGAAUCAUCAUCGUGCAUUUUAUUUUAUUCAUUUUAUUGGCUCAGCACUACGCUUGUUGGAAAUUUUUCUUUUUAUUUAGUUUUUCCUUUUUUGUUAUCUUGUACAUAUUUGUAAAGAGUUUAAAUAUAAGUUUCGAUGAAAUAUAAUUAUCAUUGAAUUACAAAAUUCCUACCGAAUAUGUGUGAUACUCUGUGUGAACGCAACAAAAGAAGAUACAUAGAUAUAUCUUAAUACAGAUUGACAUAGAGACUGUACUUUCAAUAGACAAAAAAACGCAAUAACGUGCGAAAUUUCUUUGAUGGAACAGUAAUUAAGUGCGCUUGGUGUUGUAAAACGAUAAUGUACACGUAGGAAUUCUUAUAAGAAGAAACCUUACAGAUUCCGGAUAGUUGAUACCAGUUAGGGAACAAGAAAAUACGAAACUUCCCACGAGAUCGUCCUAUGUUUACGAAAGUAUAUUCAUGGAAGAAAAAGAAGAAAAAGAAGAAGAAGUAGAAGUAGAAGAAGAAAAGAAAAAUAAGAAUAAGAAAA